AUGCUUAUUCCACACAAGUCACAUACACAAAUUUCCAAACCAAGAAGACAUAUAAUUGAUUACCAAGAUGACGUGAAUGAUAGUUUAUGUAAUCAAUCUCCAGCAAAGAAAUGGAAGCCCAUCUCUUUGGAGAAUGUUCAGGAUAAAGAAAUACAUAAGCAAAGAUCAGAAAGAACCAGACAUGUUCUAGAAACAUGCAGUUCAACGCAUAGACGAGCUGAGACAAUGAAGUUGCAGCCUAUUUCAUGGGAAAAUGUUUCCCAAGAGACGAAUAAACAGAGAUCAGAAAGGUCAAAAUUUAUCUUAGAAUUCUCCAGUUCAAAAAAUAAACUGUUUGAUACAAAAAGGUUGCAUCAAAGGUAUUGGGAAGAUUCCUUCAAGGAGACCAAUAAGCAUGAUUUCUCAAAAAGAACUAGUUCAAAAGGUAAAUACUUCGACACAAAUAAAUUGAAGUUAGCUUGUGAAGAUGUUAAUCAGGAGUCAAAUAGGACACUGUCAGAAAGAAUUUCCAGUUUCAGGGGUACACUCUCUGGCAUAAACAAACUGAAGUUUGCUUCACACGAAGAUGGUUUUCAGGAGUCGAACCAGGCAACACCGAAGGGAGCAAAUUAUGUUCAGAGUGGUAAAGAGACCCUAACUCUAGGACAGUUCAUGAAGGAAAGAUUGAACAUAGGUGAUCCAUCAAAACUUCAGAAGAAGCUCCCUUGGUCACUGAAUCUGGACAUCAACAGUCAACCUAGAAGUAAGAGGAAAAGGAUCAUUCACAAGGCCAAAGUUAUUGCUUCACACCACAGUGUGGAAAAGAACAAGAUGAAGAAUGACGAAAACAACUCUGUUGAUUCUCCCAUGUCUGAUCUCUCCCUUCCUGAUUCACCAAAAAGUGUCGAAGAAAUAAAGCUGGAAGAUUUUACCAAAGAUAAAAUACUGCUUGAGCUUCAGCUUGUCCAGGAGUGUCUCAAGAAGUGCUCUGUAGUUGAGAAACCCAUGGGAGAUACGGAGUUGGCUUCAAUGCAUGACAGUUACAUGACGCCAUGUCAUAUUCAGCCAAUGGUUAAAAACAGUUUGUAUCAGUCACGGAUUUCAAAUCCUCUGAGUAACUCGGUACAGCUGAACACAAUGCCUACUGCAACCUCUGUAUUCAACAGAGACCAUAUGUUCCAAAAUGUAGAUCAAAUGACAUAUAAUCUGUAUCAUGAAAUCCAUCAGACGUCUGCCAAUCCUUUUGGAGGGUUUCAAUCUGUUGACAGAAUGAAUACAGAACAAAACCUACAAAAUCUGAUGUAUAAUUCUAGCACUGGUUCAUAUUCAAACAAUACAAAAUACAGUGAAAACGUUUCUGAGGAUUCUGUAGUUGGGUCUAACGUCAAAGAAAGGGAAGCUCUGACCGAAGUGGAACAUGAUCUUCUCGAAGCUCUUCGUAGUCAGGUUUACAUCGGAAGAUCUCACCAGAAGGUCCCUAAUGACAUCUUGUUUCCCAGUGAGACAACAAAGCUGUAUACGGAAGAAGGAUGUUUCUUGCUCCUUCUCGUACCAAUAUCCAGAAAACCGUACCAGCGUCUUCUGAACAUGAAAAUCAGCCUUCAGAAGAUGUUUAAGGAGAAGUUCCUAUGUGUCAGUCAGAACAAUACUGCGCGUGUGAUGGAGUUGAACAAAGAGAUCAAGAGAGUGCAGAAUCAGAGGAAGACUCUGUUGACAACAUUCACAGGGUCUUUGGGCAAGAAGCGGCUGCGACGUUUGAACUUGACGAAAAACCGCUAUGAUUUGUGCAUAAAGUUCCUCGUCCGACAGUAUGGCAGAGAGUGUCUUGACCGGUUGCUGUACGUACAGACUCUGAACAAAGCUAUAAGAAGUCAUGUGAAGAUUGUCGAGAGAGAACUGGCAUGUCCUUCCCUCUGAGAAUUGUGAAUGACCUACUUUGCAGACCAUGCCAGAGAGAUUCAGCAUUAUAGUGCUCAGCUAGCAUCUUGCCGGGAAUGCUGUUAUAUGACCUAAAAAAAAUCUGCGAUUUUUUUUAAAGAUGAGCUGCUUCAAAUUCUGCUGAAGAAAUGUUUUCAUAAGAUGUACCUGUGUGGCUGUGUGUGAUUAGAUGUAUGUUGUUAGCAAUGUAAUAUUGUACAGUGUAAGACGGAUGCAAUAAAUUGAAAAUUAGAAACCACAUAUAAUCAUGAAACAUAAAAAAUGCAGUAAAUGGGUGGAUGAAUGGAAGUUGGAUAAAUGGAUGGAAGCCACUGUCUUAAUGAAACUGUCAUCAUACUCACUGUGUAGGACCGACACCUAUUAUCGGUACUGUCGUAGCUACAUGCUUGCCACCGUGAUUGAACUAUGGUAAUAAAAUUGUUUUAACACGCAACUUAAAGUUAUGACUGAUAAUAUAGCAAUUGUAGACCUAUAUUUAAUACGUUUAGCAAACAAAUAAUGCCAACAAUUUAAUUCUGAGUAAUAAAUGUAAAUGGUGUUCAAAAUUGUAAAAAUAACUGUUAUAGCUGGUCAUUCACAAUUUAAAGUUUUAAUGAAAGAAAUGCGUUGUUAAGCAUAAUAAUUUUUUUAUGUUCUGCAAUGUUACACUUCUAUGAACUUUAUGAACUUGAUUGAUGUUAAGUAUGUCGUUAAUAAAAGACAAAACUGAAAUAAUUAGAAGCAAGAUUUGUAGCAAUAUCCAUUGUCAGUCCCACAUAGUGAUACUGAGCUGGUAGUUCGUGCACUUCAGAUGCUGUAUCAUCAAGUCAGGAUGAUUAAUACAACUAUAGGAUCAUGUUGACAGUUAUCAAAUAUUACAACCACCUAAUCCAGUGAACACAGACAAAUCAUAGUGUUUGCCAGGUACAUGCACAUUUGGGUUCAGUGUUAUAGGUAACCAAUAUUAAUUACCAGUAACAUAUACAAUGUGCAGAAGUGGGUUUUGGGAGGCGACAUCCCCCCCCCCCCCCCACACACACACACACACACUUCCUAGCUUUAAAACAUUUUUCUUUUUUUAAUGUAUUUUGUGGGGUAGAAUUACCAGACCCCCCUCCUAAACACUUUGCUUGCCACAGUCUAGACAACCCCCCCCCCCCCCCCCCCGCACAAAUUCCUGCAUAAAUGUCUGGUGUAUCAUUCUACUACAUUAGAAAAAUUUCUUAAAUAAUUAUUUUACUGUCUGUUGUUUUUAAAAAAUUAUUGUUAGGCUUUUUUUUUUUCUGUUCAUAAUGUAAAUUGUAUCCAUUUCUGUUUAGCAGUAUUUCUGUUAGUGUAUUUUUCUUACAAAGUAACAUACAGUUGUAUUUUAAUUUCAGUGCUAGUAACACGUGUUGAUGAAUAAUCAGAAUUGUUUCAUAAAUUUUUAAUUAAAUAUACUCUCAAACACUACCCUGUGUUGUUAAUAUGGAGAUAUGUUUUUCCUCUAUCAAACAUAAUAGUUCAGUUCAUAUAGAUUAGAUUAGAUAACAAUUUUUCUUGCUCGUUCAUCAAUUUUAACUUAUUUUUGUGUUGAUAUCCAAUUAAGGUUCAAGCAGGCUGCCAUGGGCACACACCUCAGAUAUCUAGGUUAUAUGUCCAAAAUAGUGGGUUAGCUGUUGGUGAGAGAGAAGAGGGUGUAGUGUAGUUGUUAAAACUUGCUCUGGGUGGGAGCCAAUACUGGGAGCUGAUACUGGGUUGCAAACCCUGUACCUACCAGCCUUAACCACGACACCACAGAGACUGGUAUGUUUCUUGUUCCUCCUGAUGCGCAGGCCUGUAGCCAAUGGGGGGGUCAGGGGGGGGGCUCGGUUGACACACACCCCCCCCCCCCACAGGUGACUUUUUUUUUUUCAAUAUGCCCCUGGACCCCCUAAGCAUGCCUAUAUCCAUUCAAGGAUCAGGAUUACGCUAAUAACCUGCAUCAUUUAUCAGUUAUUGUUUUUAUUUUUCAAUCCAUCAAGCGUGGAGAAAGUAUGUUUAAUAACUUUGAUAUCUGGUGUCUGUGAGAGCAGUCUAUGAAAUUAAGCUGUUUACAGUAUGACAUCACUGAAAUUACAUGACAUACUUGUAAGAGGUUGAGAUUAUGAACAGAAAUAUAUUUACAGUAUGACAUCACUGAAAUUACAUGACAUACUUGUAAGAGGUUGAGAUUGUGAACAGAAAUAUAUUUUGUUAUUAAGGCUUUAAAAAAUGUGUGUGUCAAGGAAUGUGCCGAAAAACAUUAAGGUACAUGUUGGUUUGAAUUUAAAAAUGUAUUUUAUAAUUAAAGAGUCGAGAUAAAAAUGUAAAAUAAUACAUUUAAAAGAGUUAGGGUAGGCACAUUUUUCUAGGAAGCACACGUUUUAUAGGCCUACAUGUAAGUAACUUGGUAAGAUGUAGUGUUACAUUUUAACAAGAAAAAACCCACAAAGUUACUUUUAUAAAGUGGUCAGAAUAAUGAGUAACUUUUUCAUACAUCUUUGUCUCAUAAUGUUCAGUAUUUAUUGAACCACUAGUGGUACAAAACUUUAUACCAUCUCAAGGGUGGGAUGUCCAGUAGUAAAGUGUUCAUUUGAUGCGCAGUUGGUCUGGGAUCGAUCCCCGUUGGUGGUCCCAUUGAGCUAUUUCUCGCUCCAACCAGUGUACCAUGACUGGUAUAUCAAAGGCUGU